UUCUUCAUGUUUCUGAGCCUUCUGUCCAGGCGCCGGAAUUUCCAUAUCCUUCUUGUUCGCACUCUCGUCACUCGAAGCACCCCACACUCCUCCAAGGACGGAGAGGAAUUCAUUGAUCUUUGUCAGCAAGGGAGGUUAAGGGAAGCAGUAGAGGCAGCGCCACCGGAGCUAUGGGCGAACCCGAGGUUGGCUUCCCUUCUCCUUCAAGGGUGCGUUCCAAAUGGAUCCCUUGCGAAGGGAAUGCAGGUACACUCGCUCAUACUCACGAGGGGACUGUCCUCGGACCGGUUUCUCUGCAACCAUCUUCUGAAUAUGUACUCAAAAUGUGGCGGCCUGCAAUACGCGCGCCAAUUGUUUGACGUUAUGCCUCAUCGGAACACCAUGUCCUUCAAUAUCAUGCUAGGCGCGUACGUGCAGAACGGCUGCCUGGAGCUCGCGUUGGACGUGUUCGAAGGAAUGCCUGAGAGAAACUUAGCAUCCUGGAAUGCGAUGGUCACUGGGCUGGUGCAGUAUGAACAUCAUGAAGAGGGGCUGUGGCUUCUUGUUACAAUGCAGAAGAUGGGCAUCAUGCCUGAUCAGUUCACUCUUGGAAGUGUUCUUAAAGGGUGUGCUGAACUGCAAGCACUGAGGCAGGGGGAGCAGCUUCAUGUGAUGGCAGUUAAAGCUGGUCUUCAGUCGGAUGUCUGCGUUGGGAGCUCGCUAGCUCACAUGUACAUCAAAUGCCAGUGUGUUCGUGAGGGAGAGUUGGUGGUUGGAGACAUGCCAGUGCAGAAUGUCGUUUCCUGCAACACGAUUAUAGCAGGGCGCGCACAGAGUGGGUACCCGGAGAAGGCGUUGGAACACUAUCAAUGGAUGAGGAGCAACGGGUUCAAACCUGAUCGUGUCACCUUCGUGAGCGUAAUUAGUUCUUGCUCCGAGCUUGCAACGCUUGGUCAAGGACAGCAGGUCCAUGCCCAUGCGAUUAAGGUUGGUACAGAUUCAUCUGUAUCAGUAAAAAGUUCAUUAGUCAGCAUGUAUUCAAAGUGCGGUUGUUUAGAUGGUUCGAUCAAAUCAUUUUCUGGAACCACUGAUGCCGAUGUAGUCCUUUGGAGUUCAAUGAUUGCUGCAUAUGGGUUCCAUGGGCGUGGAAGAGAUGCAAUUAAGCUGUUUAACGAGAUGGAAAAGGGAGGAAUGGAACCAAACGACAUAACCUUCCUGAAUGUCCUUUACGCUUGUAGCCACAGUGGACUGAAGGCGGAAGGGCAGCAGUACUUCAAAUUGAUGAAAGAAAAAUACGGGUUGGCGCCGAGGCUAGAACACUACACUUGUGUGGUUGAUCUUCUUGGCCGUUCUGGUGAUUUGGAUGAAGCUGUGACCAUGAUCCGGUCGAUGCCUCUACAAGCUGAUACAGUCAUUUGGAAAACUUUGUUGUCCGCUUGUAAGAUUCAUAGGAACGCACAGGUCGGAAAGGGGGUUGCUGAGGCUGUUCUUCAGCUGGAUCCUCAAGACUCUGCUCCAUAUGUUUUACUUUCCAACAUUCAUGCAGAUGCCAAGAGAUGGGAAGAUGUUACCAUGGUUAGGAAAACCAUGUGGGAAUCCAAAGUGAAGAAGGAGCCUGGCAUAAGUUGGCUGGAGAUGAAGAACCAAAUUUAUCAGUUUUGUGCCGGUGACAGAUCGAGUCCUCAAUGGAGUGCGAUUAAUGAGUAUUUGGAGAAACUGACAGUUAAGAUGAAGGCAUAUGGGUACGUGCCUGAUACAAGUUCAGUUUUGCAUGAUAUGGACAUAGAAGAGAAGGAAUACUGUUUGGCACAUCACAGUGAGAAACUUGCGAUUGUGUUUGGGCUUCUGAAUGUUCCAGCUGAUUCACCAGUCAGGGUUAUGAAAAAUCUUCGUGUCUGUGAUGAUUGCCAUCUAGCUAUCAAAUGCAUUUCUAAGAUUGUCAAAAGAGAAAUCAUUGUUCGAGAUGUGAGUCGCUUUCAUCAUUUCGUGGAUGGAAAGUGCUCCUGUAGUGAUUAUUGGUGACCUUAAGUCGCAGUGUUUAACGCAACCUAGUGGUAUCACCACUAAAUUAUGAAAGCCCCAACCAUUGACAUCAAUCUAAGGUGACACGCAUUUGAACAUUGAUAACAAGAUCGUGUAUUUUGUCCAAUAGAGAAUGAUUGUGCUGAUAAGGAGCCUCUUAUAUCUCCGUACAAUUGAAUUGCCAUCUUGCAGCCAAAUGCAUCUGCAAGAUCAAAAGAGAAAUCUGGUUCCAUA